AUGACUGAAAGGCGGUGUACGCGAUUCGCUUCGGCUUUCAACAAGGCAUCCACAACGGCGUUGUUCUGGCUUCGGGUCUCGGCUUUAUCAUUUCGGAAUCUGGCCUGGAGGCCUGCUUAUGCUGGGAACGAGUGGCAUAUCAAAUGUCAGUGCUAUACAAUUAGAAUGGGCACGUUAGUAAUGUAUGGUACAUAA